AUGGAUCUCAGUGAAAUUGAUGGUGGCCUGAUGUACAAAGCAGGCUGGAAGCUUCAAGUUGCAAGGGUGCUGGGGGGCCCAGGUGCCAAGAAGCACCUUUCUGGCAGUCUUGGUGAUCCAGAGAUCACACUGAGUCCGAGAGCCCGAGGUGAGGGUGGUGAUGAGAUCACACUGUUCUCUUGGCUCCCCCUCUUAGAAGUCCUCCGGGUCACUCCCAUCACUGGCUUGUUCCUCAGGAAGCGUCCAGGGCUCUGGGAGUUGUCAGAGCUUCCUACUGAGGAAGGGAAGUCCCUGUGGGAGCUGGUGCUGGAGCAGUUUGAGGACCUCUUGGUACGCAUCUUGCUGCUGGCAGCCCUGGUCUCCUUUGUCCUGGCCUGGUUUGAGGAGGGUGAAGAGACCACAACCGCCUUUGUGGAGCCCCUCGUCAUCAUGCUGAUCCUGGUGGCCAAUGCCAUCGUGGGAGUGUGGCAGGAACGCAAUGCCGAGAGUGCCAUUGAGGCCUUGAAGGAGUAUGAGCCUGAGAUGGGUAAGGUGUUCCGUGCUGACCGAAGAGGUGUACAGAGGAUCCGAGCCCGGGACAUCGUCCCUGGGGACAUUGUGGAGGUGGCAGUGGGAGACAAGGUGCCUGCUGACCUCCGCCUCAUUGAGAUCAAGUCCACCACACUUCGAGUAGACCAGUCCAUCCUGACAGGGGAAUCCGUGUCUGUGACCAAGCACACAGAUGCCAUCCCCGACCCCAGAGCCGUGAACCAGGACAAGAAGAACAUGCUGUUUUCUGGCACCAAUAUUGCAUCAGGCAAAGCCCUGGGGGGGGCUGUAGCCAUAGGCCUGCACACAGAGCUAGGCAAGAUUCGGAGCCAGAUGGCAGCUGUGGAGCCUGAGAGGACACCACUGCAACGCAAGCUGGAUGAGUUUGGGAGGCAGCUGUCCCAUGCCAUCUCAGUGAUCUGUGUGGCUGUAUGGGUCAUCAACAUCGGCCACUUUGCUGACCCAGCCCACGGUGGAUCAUGGCUCCGGGGUGCAGUCUAUUACUUCAAGAUUGCCGUGGCCCUGGCUGUGGCUGCUAUCCCCGAGGGCCUCCCAGCAGUCAUCACUACAUGCCUGGCACUGGGCACAAGGCGUAUGGCACGUAAGAAUGCCAUUGUGCGGAGCCUGCCCUCUGUGGAGACCCUGGGCUGCACUUCAGUCAUCUGCUCUGACAAGACAGGAACACUCACCACCAAUCAGAUGUCUGUCUGCAGGAUGUUUGUGGUAGCUGAAGCAGAGGCAGGCUCCUGUCGUUUGCAUGAAUUCACCAUCUCGGGUACCACGUAUACCCCUGAGGGCGAAGUGCGACAAGGGGAGCAGCCCGUGCACUGUGGGCAGUUUGAUGGACUUUUGGUGCUAGAGACCAUCUGUGCCCUUUGCAAUGAUUCAGCACUGGACUACAAUGAGGCCAAGGGCGUGUAUGAGAAGGUAGGUGAGGCCACAGAGACAGCCCUGACUUGCCUAGUGGAGAAGAUGAACGUCUUUGACACGGACCUGAAAACACUGUCCGGACUGUCCCGGGUGGAGCGCGCGGGCGCCUGCAACUCGGUCAUCAAGCAACUCAUGCGGAAGGAGUUCACCCUCGAUUCCCCUGCCUUCUUGCAGGGAGCUCCUGAGAGUGUAAUCGAGCGCUGUAGCUCAGUCCGAGUGGGUAGCCGAACAGCACCCCUGAACACCACCUCCAGAGAACAUAUUCUGGCCACGAUCCGUGACUGGGGCUCGGGCUCUGACACAUUGCGAUGCUUGGCAUUGGCCACCAGGGACACACCCCCAAGGAAAGAGGACAUGCGAUUGGAUGACUGCAGCCAGUUUGUACAGUACGAGUCAGACCUGACCUUCGUGGGCUGUGUGGGCAUGUUAGACCCACCGAGACCAGAGGUGGCUGCAUGUAUCACACGCUGCUCCCGGGCGGGCAUUCGAGUCGUCAUGAUCACAGGAGACAACAAAGGCACAGCUGUAGCCAUCUGCCGUCGACUUGGCAUCUUUGGGGACACAGAAGAUGUGGUGGGCAAGGCCUACACGGGCCGUGAAUUUGAUGACCUCAGCCCAGAGCAGCAGCGCCACGCUUGCCGCACCGCCCGCUGCUUUGCCCGUGUGGAACCGGCACAUAAGUCUCGCAUCGUGGAGAACCUGCAGUCCUUUAAUGAGAUCACUGCCAUGACUGGUGAUGGAGUGAAUGAUGCACCAGCCCUGAAGAAGGCAGAGAUUGGCAUCGCCAUGGGCUCAGGCACCGCUGUGGCCAAGUCAGCAGCAGAGAUGGUACUGUCCGAUGACAACUUUGCCUCCAUUGUGGCUGCAGUGGAGGAGGGCAGGGCCAUCUACAGCAACAUGAAGCAAUUCAUCCGCUACCUCAUCUCCUCCAAUGUUGGCGAGGUUGUCUGCAUCUUCCUCACAGCAAUUCUGGGUCUGCCUGAAGCCCUGAUCCCUGUGCAACUGCUGUGGGUCAACCUGGUGACAGAUGGCCUCCCUGCCACAGCACUUGGCUUCAACCCACCAGAUCUGGACAUCAUGGAGAAGCUGCCUCGGAACCCCCAUGAGGCUCUCAUCAGUGGCUGGCUUUUUUUCCGGUAUUUGGCUAUUGGAGUGUAUGUAGGCCUGGCUGUCAUGGCUGCCGCCACCUGGUGGUUCCUAUAUGAUGCCGAGGGACCGCAAGUCACCUUCUAUCAGCUGAGGAACUUCCUGAAGUGCUCUGAAGACAACCCACUCUUUGAUGGCAUCGACUGUGAGGUCUUUGAGUCCCGCUUCCCUACAACCAUGGCCUUAUCUGUGCUUGUGACCAUUGAAAUGUGUAACGCCCUCAACAGCGUCUCAGAGAACCAGUCACUGCUGCGCAUGCCACCCUGGCUGAACCCUUGGCUGCUGGGGGCUGUGGUCAUGUCCAUGGCUCUGCACUUCCUCAUCCUUCUGGUGCCUCCCCUGCCUCUCAUUUUCCAGGUGACCCCAGUGAGUGCAGGGCAGUGGGGAGUGGUGCUCCAGAUGUCUCUGCCCGUCAUCCUGCUCGAUGAGGCCCUCAAGUAUCUGUCCAGGAAACACAUGGAUGGUAUUCUCAGGACAGUUGUGCAGGCCUGGAAUAGGCAACCGCCGACCACUUCCAGGACCCCAUACCACACCGGAAAAAAAGGACCCGAAGUAAGUUCUGGGAUCAGAGAGGAGUCUCCCGUAUGGCCGUCUGACUGAGAGUGUCCAAGCAUUCACACCCGCCCCCAUC